AUGGCGGACAGCAAAGGCAGAGACCACCCAAGUAUCGGGCCCGACGCCGGGAGUAAGGUAGAGCUCCUGGCGAAGCUGGGCAACGGUGCUGUGGCUGGCAUCACUGGUGUCUCGAUCAUCUACCCCCUGGACAUGGUGAAGACGCGCCUGCAGAACCAGAAGCCGAAUGCUCAGGGCAAGCUGCCCUACAAGGGCGCCAUUGACUGCUUCAAGACGAUCGCGAUUAAGCUUGCUGUCAACGAUAUGAUGCGCGGGUUCCUUGCGAAGCGCUCAGGCACGACACCCGAGCGGCUGUCAAUCCGCGACGGAGCACUGGCUGGCGCGACGGCCGGGCUCUGCCAGAUCGUGAAGAUCCAGAUGCAGAUCACGGCAAUGCAGGUCGUCAGGCAGCUGGGUAUUCGGGGCAUGUACAAGGGGACCGUGGCCACGCUGCUGAGAGACGCGCUGUUCUCGCAAAAAUUCCACCAGUUCUUUAACGGCGGCAAGGAGGGUGACAAGCCGGCCACCCUGUGCGUGCUGGCAGGAUCGACUGUGGCGGGUAUUCUGGCUGCGGGCGCUGUGACCCCGGCGGACGUCAUCAAGACCAGACUGCAGAGCUCGUCGCAGCCGUCGCCGCCGUACCGUGGCCUGGUCGAUACCGCUGUGAGGAUCAUGCAGACCGAAGGACCAAAGGCCUUCUUCAAGGGGACUGUGCCGCGGUGUAUGACCAUGGCACCGCUGUUUGGCAUUGCGCUGAUGAUGUAUGAUUUGCAGCAAAAGGUCUUGGGGUGGUGA